AUGUCUGGCUUCAGCAAUGCGGAUACCGGUUCCAAGACGGCGGACCCUUAUACGCAGAAGAACCUCGAGGAGCCUUCCCUGAAGGAGAAGGUCGAGGACCUGUUCACGUUUGUCGACAAGACCAAGUUUUGCCUGUUGACGACACAGGUUGCGGAUAGCGACCUUUUGGCGUCAAGAGCCAUGGCACUCGCUGCCAAGGAAGGACACGGCUUCGAUCUCCUCUUCCACACCAACACUGAGUCUGGCAAGACGGACGACCUCAAGGAGCACAAGUCAGUCAACAUUGGCUUCAUCAACAACUCGGGCGAGUGGGCCUCGAUCUCUGGGCACGCAUCCAUCGAGACGGACCGCGAGGUUGUCCGCAAGCACUACUCGCCAGCGCUCAAGGCGUGGAUUGGCGAUCUGGGCGAUGGCACACACGACGGCGGACCAGAAGACCCGCGUAUUGGCAUUAUCCGGGUCAAGGCCAGCACGGCGCAGUACGCCAUCUCCAAGAAGACGCAGAUUGGCGGGUUCGUGGAGCUAGCCAAGGGUAUCGCGACGGGAGAGUCUCCAAGCAUAAACAAGCUUCGUCAGAUUUCCGAGGCGGAGAUCCAACAGUACCGGUCUCAGUAG